CCAGAGUCUAGUGCUGCUCAUCCAGAUGUCAUAGGAGACAGAUGUCUUGGACCAUGCCUAGCUUUGUGCCCCGAGUACAGCUUCAUCUUGGAGGAUGAGCUGGGCGUUUGCGGCUGUGUGUUAGGCAUCUUGGAUGUUCGCUCCUUUGCCAAGCGGUGCCAGGCCAGCUGGAUACCCGCCAUGAGGGACAAAUACCCACCAAAAAUGAACGGCACACAUCCAAACACCCAGGACCUGAUUCAGCUGAUGGAGGAGGAUCAGGGCGAGUACCCAGACUCGCUGCUCUACCACUUCCCUCGC